AUGUCCAAAAAAUUAGUUACAGCUCUCAACCUCAAAACGCAACCGCAAGGAAAACCUUACAAAAUCGGCUUGAUAAAGAAAGGAGGAGAAAUCUUGAUCUCUGAAAUUUGUUCUGUUCCUCUAUCUAUUGGGAAUAGCUACAAGGAUCAAAUAGUAUGUGAUGUAAUUGAAAUGGACGUUUGUCACAUCCUAUUAGGGAGACCUUGGCAGUUUGAUGUCCAAAGCAACAAAGAUGAACAAAUCCCUGAAGCCAUUAAAGAAUUGUUCAAGAAGUAUCCUAAAAUCAGCAAAGAACCUACAGGCCUUCCUCCUUUGCGUGAUAUACAGCACAAUAUUGAAUUACUUCCAGGUGCCUCUCUUCCUCACUUAUCUCACUAUCGCAUGAGCCCAAAUGAAUAUAAAAUUUUACAUGAUACCAUUGAAGAAUUAUUAAAAAAUGGGCACAUUAAGCCAAGCUUUAGCCCUUGUGCAGUACCAGCACUACUAACUCCCAAAAAAGAUGAAACUUGAAGGAUGUGUGUGGAUAGUAGAGCUAUCAACAAAAUCACAGUAAAAUAUAGAUUUCCAAUCCCAAGGGUCAGGGAUUUGUUAGAUCAAUUGGGAGGUGCUUGUAUCUUUUCGAAGAUUGAUCUAAGAAGUGGCUAUUAUCAAAUACGUAUUAGACCUGGAGAUGAAUGGAAAAUAACCUUCAAGACCAACGAAGGACUUUUUGAGUGGCUUGUAAUGCAAUUUGGCCUUUCUAAUGCUCCUAGCACUUUCAUGAGGUUGAUGAACAAGGUACUACAUCCUUUCUUAAACAAGUUCAUUAUAGUUUACUUUGAUGACAUUCUUGUCUUUAGCAAAACCUAUGAUCAACACCUCCAACACAUUGACCAGCUGUUCCAAGUACUUAAUCACAAUGAACUUUAUGUAAAUCUCAAGAAGUGCAUUUUCUGCUGUAAUGAAAUAGCCUUCUUGGGGUUCAUAAUCAGAAAAGAUCAUGUUCUAAUGGAUGAGAAGAAGGUAGAAACAAUUAAAAACUGGUCAACUUCAACUACUGUCAAACAAGUGCAAGCAUUCUUGGGAUUGGCUUCAUUCUACAGGAAGUUUAUCCAAAACUUCAGUUCCAUUGCUGCACCUAUAACAGAUUGUUUAAAGAAAGGAGCAUUCCAGUGGGGUCCUAAACAACAACAUAGUUUCAACCUGCUAAAAGAAAGUUUGAGCAGCAGCCCAGUUCUUAAACUACUAGACUUUUCCCAAGCUUUUGAAGUAGCAGUAGACGCCUGUGGCACUGGUAUUGGAGUUGUCAUUUCUCAACAAGGACAUUCAAUCGCAUAUUUCAGUGAGAAAUUAAGCAAGUCUAGACAGUCAUGGAGUACUUAUGAGUAG